AUGUCCAUGUUGUCGUGCCGUGUGUUGUGUUUUUUGGCCAUUGUGCUCUGCUGUGUGGGUGUGGCUCAUGCUAAUGCUGCAACACCACGUGUCUCAAAACAUGUGAAUGAGGAAGUACUUAAGCCGGUGGAAAAGACCAAGCAACUGAAGGCGGAGUGUGAGAAUGCCACCAACGCUGCUAAAGAAGUUGCGGAUGAAGCUCAACGAUUUGUUAAUACCACUCUAAAGGAACUCGAAACAAUUGCUACUAACCCAGAAGAAGUGGAGAAAACGAAGAGUGAAGGUCAAAAACUCAUUGAAAAGGCAAGGAAGGCUGAAAGGGAAGCAGAAAAAGUGGCCGAACAAACUACAAACAGUAUAAAGGCAAGUGAAGACAUAGUCGGGGUUCUUCGUGAUAUAAAUGAAUAUCCCGACACGGUAGUGGCAGCACAGAAAGUAAUUGAAGAUGCAUUCCUCGCGGUAGAUGUUGCUUAUGAACAUGCUGACAAAGCGCGAAUGUGUGGUGUUGAAGUGAGGAUAGUCCUGCAGAAACUCGAAGCCGCAGUUGCUGCUGCCAAAGAGAAGAAGGAAGAAAAACAGGUGGAGUCUCAGGCACAGGAACAUACAAAUAAAACAUCUCUUGAUGAGCAGCAAAGCCAUACAGAAGGAAAUAAGACGGAGCAAACACAAGAAACACAGGUGGAGACUCAGCCACAGGAACAGACAAAUGAAACAUCUCUUGGUGAGCAGCAAGGCCAUACAGAAGGAAAUCAGGCGGAGCAAACACAAGAAAAACAGGUGGAGCCUCAACCACAGCCACAGGAACAGACAAAUGAAACAUCUCUUGGUGAGCAGCAAGGCCAUACAGAAGGAAAUAAGACGGAGGAAACACAAGAAAGACAAGAACAUCCUUCUCGUUCUAAUGCUACUAUUAAUAUCCACGGAGAUAAUCUCGGUCCCUUACUCAACGGUGGAGCGAAUAACAGUGGUAUGGCAUUAAAUGACGGCAGCAGCAGCCCUGCGUUACUGCGUGUUCCACUCCUUCUGCUGCUGCUGCUCUCUGUGCUGGGCUGCAUGGCCGUGUGCUGA